CGCGCACUCUAGCUCUCGCCACAACCUGCGAGCCCCAGACCUCAGAGGAGCGCCCCGGGGAGCUCAGAGCGCGUGCAAGCUUGGAAGACACAGGAGGCCAGUGGCCAGCUUGAGUACACAGGGUCCUGCGAGUUUUGAGUUGCCUUUUGCAGUGGCCAAAAUGAGAAAAAAAUGGAAAAUGGGAGGCACGAAAUACAUCUUUUCCUUGUUGCUGUUCUUUCUUUUCCUCGAAGGAAGUAAAACCGAGCAAGUGAAACAUUCAGAGACAUACUGUGUGUUUCAAGACAAGAAGUACAGAGUGGGCGAGAGAUGGCACCCUUACCUGGAACCUUAUGGGUUGGUUUACUGCGUGAACUGCAUCUGCUCAGAGAACGGGAAUGUGCUUUGUAGCCGAGUCAGAUGUCCGAGCCUUCACUGCCUCUCUCCUGUGCAUAUUCCUCAUCUGUGCUGCCCUCGAUGCCCAGACUCCUUACCCCCAGCGAACAAUAAGGUGACCAGCAAAUCGUGUGAGUACAACGGAACCACUUACCAACAUGGAGAGCUGUUUAUGGCCGAUGGACUUUUUCAGAACCGGCACCCCAAUCAGUGCACCCAGUGCAGCUGUUCGGAGGGAAAUGUGUACUGUGGUCUCAAGACUUGCCCCAAGUUGACCUGUGCAUUCCCAGUCUCUGUUCCGGAUUCUUGCUGCCGGGUGUGCAGAGGGGAUGGAGAAUUGUCGUGGGAACAUUCUGAUGGGGAUAUCUUCCGGCAACCUGCCAACAGAGAAGCCAGACAUUCUUACCACCGUUCUCAUUACGACCCUCCACCGAGCCGACAGGCUGCAGGUCUGCCCCGCUUUCCUGGGGCCAGAAGCCACCGGGGAGCUCUCAUGGAUUCCCAGCAAGCAUCAGGAACUAUCGUGCAGAUUGUCAUCAAUAACAAACACAAACACGGCCAAGUGUGUGUUUCCAAUGGGAAGACCUAUUCCCAUGGCGAGUCCUGGCACCCCAAUCUCCGAGCUUUUGGUGUUGUUGAGUGUGUGCUGUGCACUUGUAAUAUCACCAAGCAAGAGUGUAAGAAAAUCCACUGCCCCAGUCGAUACCCUUGCAAGUAUCCUCAAAAAAUAGAUGGAAAGUGCUGCAAGGUGUGUCCAGGUAAAAAGGCAAAAGAAGAACUUCCAGGCCAAAGUUUUGACAGCAAAGGCUAUUUUUGUGCAGAAGAAACCAUGCCUGUGUAUGAGUCUGUGUUCGUGGAGGAUGGGGAAAUCACCAGGAAAAUAGCACUAGAGACCGAGAGGCCACCUCAGAUAGAGGUCCACAUUUGGACCAUUCGAAAGGGCAUCCUCCAGCACUUCCAUAUUGAGAAAAUCUCCAAGCGGAUGUUUGAGGAGCUCCAUCACUUCAAGCUGGUGACCAGGACCACCCUGAGCCAGUGGAAGAUAUUCACCGAAGGAGAAGCUCAGAUCAGCCAGAUGUGUUCAAGUCGUGUGUGCAGAACAGAGCUUGAAGACUUAGUCAAGGUUUUGUACCUGGAAAGGUCUGAAAAGGGCCACUGUUAGACAAGACAGACAGUGUGGGGGAGGGAGAGCGAGAACACACGAGCUGCAGCCGGCCUGCAGGCUUAUUCUGCUUAAAUCAACAGUCCCUGAAAGCCCACGCUCCAGCGCAGUUCAUUUUUCACGCCAUGCACAGCAUGACUUGCUCCUUUAUGUGGAGUGUGUGUCAGCCCUCAGCCAUCUCCUCCAGAGAGACUAGAAGAGUCUUGAAUGGUUUGAGGGAGAAAUAGGACUAGAACACCCCAACACCACUCUACUUUCGGACAGGAUCACAUUUUUCUACAGGUUAAUGACUAAACAAACCCCCAGGGUUUCUAAUCUAGGAACUUAUUGCAAUGAAAGAAAGAGAAGGGGAAUACUUAGUAGGAGUUCUGUAGUACGGAGAGACUAUUGGUAUGAAAUUAUACUCUUGAACUUUUAAAUUCUUGUUUUGAAAAGAAUUAACUUGUCAUCCUCACGCACAGGCACAGGGGCACAUACCCACACACCCGCACACCCACAGAAAACCACAGCCUCCAUUCUGAGGCAACACCAGCAUAGUUCUCCCAUUCUACCCCUUGCUUGCCUACAAAGUAGCUCGGAGGGAGUUGGAACUCAGAGGGAUAAAUAAGGAGUUGUGAGCAGAAGGCUCUGCUUUGAGGUCUGUGGGAUGGUUGUUGAAGCCCCCAAGUCUGGUAGAAGGGUGAAGACUAAGAACACCUUUUCGUCGCCAUAUUCAUUCUGAUGUGGUAAAUACAUUUCCCCACUCCCCACCAAACCUGUGGUGGUCACUAAAGAUAUGAGAGUUGGGUACUAUUUCCAGAAACUGAAUCUGUAUAAGACAAAAUAAUUGCUGAAAAGAGGAGUGAGUAGAGGUCACCAAGGUUUUUUUUGUUUUUUUUUAAGUCAAUAAAAUUCACCCAUAAGUAGCUCAAUAUUCACUAAUUUUCUUGAACCCAAAGUUCCCUAGUCCAAAAAUUUAGGUUAAAUGAAAUUCUAGAAGUGACUUAAAAUGGCAGUUUCCCUUCACCAGUUACUGGAGUUGAUUUUCACUUUGCAAAGGAGGUCAGUGCUCAUGAGUCUCUGAGAGUUGGUUUUCAGUUGGAGUUUGUGUUCACCUGGAGAAUGGGCAUUCUGAUAAAGAUCUUUAUCCUAAAUCUACCUACCAUCCUCAUCUACUAAACAUGGAUUUAAAUCACAAAUCCUAGUGAACACUUCUCCAAAAAUGUCGGUUUGAGCCCAGUACCAGAUCAUAAAUUAUCCAUUUUGAGGCCUGGCUUUAGAAGUCAUCCUUGUGGGAAAACUAUAAAUUCUCCACCACAACGAUCUCAAACCUGCCUUCUAGAUUUAUCUCCUCUGAGGGGCAUGAAUGAACUCUACUGAGUACUCAGAAAUAUUAAGGACCCAUAAAUUCCAUAUUUCCCACUCCAUGACCAUAAAUAAGAGGACCAUUUUUUUUUUUCCCCUUAGUGCAGUUGACAUCAGUAGAAAAAAUAUAAAAGGUUCAGUCUUUAUGACAGUCUGACAUAAAGGAGUCUGUUCCCAUAAAAGAUACGGGCCUUGUCGCCAGGCCUUCCUGGGACAAGCCCCUUAACCAGCUCCUCACACAUUCUCUUCAGGAAAGGGAGUUAAGACCUCCAGGGCUGCUGAAAGGCCAGAGAGCAUUGUUUUUUGGGGGGUGGGGGCGGGGUGUUAAGUAGCUGCUGCUUCCUUCCCAGAGGUGGCAGUAUUUCCCUAGCAUGGAAACAAGUACCCGGAUCCUGAAGCAAAGCAGUGAUUUCCCCAUUGAUGACUCAUCCCCAAACCUUCCCACCCAGGUGUUCUCUGAAAACUCAACCUUAAGGGAACACCCAGAGAGCUUCCCUAGAUAGACUUCUGCCCUCGGGUGCUGGGACACACCUUUUCCAAGUGCUGGCUGAAGCAGGAACCCAGGAGCUGAGCUAGGCCAACUCAAAACCCUCCAAUGUUUGCUGCUGUGUAGCGUGUAGAGCCCAUAGGGAGAAGAGGCCAACCUGUGCGUAGUUAGUAGAGAGGAAUGUGGUUCUUCUUGUGUAUUUAUUUGUAUCAUAAACACCCGGAACAACAAAGAUCAUGGGCACCAGGUAGCAGUUGUAGCCAUUUUAUAGUUAACUCAUGUAGACAAGUUAAAAGUAACAUAACAGUAUUACCCUUUCACUCUUCUCACAGGACAUGUACCCGAAUAUGGUACUUAUUUAUCUAGUCACUGUA